UCGAAUCCAUCCACUCAUUUUCCCUCCCUUGACAAGUCAUGGAGGCUGGCAUACUCCAUUCCCUCGCUCCUAGUCCGAAGCCGUCCAUCUUCGCCUUCACAACCGCCACCUCGUCUCCUCCCCUCCUCCUCUUCCGCCGGCGCCUCCGCCAGCGUCCCCUCGCCACCGUCACGGACAGCGCCUCCGGAGGCUCCGGGGACGGCGAGCGGGGCACCCCCGCGCCGCCGGCAGUGCCCCCGGACGAGGUGGAGGUACGGUUCCGGAGGGCGUCGAGGAGGAGGAGGAGGCAGCCGAGGGGGGACGAAGCGGUGACGGUGGCAGCGAAGGAGAGGGCGGCGCCGCCGCCAAAGAAGUGGGAGGAGAUGAGCGUGGCAGAGAAGGCGGUGGAGCUGUACGUGGGGGAGAAAGGGCUGCUGUUCUGGCUCAACAAGUUCGCCUACGCCUCGAUCUUCAUUGUGAUCGGAGCUUGGAUCCUCUUCAGGUUCGUCGGGCCGGCGCUCAACCUGUACCAGCUGGACACUCCUCUCUUGGCGCCGACGUCCCUGCUCAAGGGCUGAUUGUAUCCAAAAUUCACACUGGUUUCUGCUCCCGAGGAGAAACAGAUUUGAGUCCUCCCUUUCUCUCUUGCUCCCCCUUUUCUGGGUGUUUCCAGUUCGGCACUUGUUGGUCUAGAGUAGAGAUGUUUAUAGCUACGCAAUGCCAAAUUCUUGUGUGCUGCUAUAAUUUGGAUGAAGGUCCUAAAGUAUAGAUUGAGAUCAGCUCAUACUUGUGCCGAAUGCAUUGGACUCGAAACCCGUAAUUCAUCUAGACGGGUUGAGAACUCGAUUAAUCCCGACAACCAAUUACCGUAUUUCGGAAUCAAGUUGUGCAACUUUGACAGUA